AGACGUUCAGCUUACAUCUUCAGCUUAUAUGCGCACACGGGAUACGAAUCAUAAAUGACCUAAUGAGCCUGAUGUUGGUCUUCCCAGGUACUCGACUUCGUUCUCUAUUGCCCAAGGCAGAUCGCGAACGCAGAUUGCAAUGUCAAGACCGCACAAAUCGCACUCUGGACACAUAACCCAACAGACUCAGUAUCCUUCCGAGGUGUCACGCGAACAAUUAACUCGCAACCCGAGCGGCUCUGGUGGGCCAGAGUAUAAGAGCAAUGCAGCGCAGCAUGUAUCACGGCUGGCGAAGAAGGCGAGAAGCUCGGAUAAGGCCGAGCAUAGUGCAAGGAGCGCAUCGUCAAGGACACCAACGGCGACUAACAACGCUAAUGGGCCCUCCGCGCCGGAAAGGACAUCCAUGCUAAUACCAUCCGAACACUUUCGGCCUCUGAUGACCACAGUUUCGACAAAUCGCUACACAUCGCCAGUCAUACGUACACCUUCUCUGGUAUCUGGAUCGUCCGCCUCCACAUUCGACAGCCCUAGAUCUAAUGUUUUGCGGAAGAAGCCUUCCUACUACACACUCCAGAGGAAGGCACACAUUGAGCCAGGAGAGUUAGACAGAGCGUCUGCAUACACUCGGGAGGAGCGACACAGUGGGACUUUCGACCACACGGUAUUGGGUAUUUCGCUGCCAUCUACCACCCUUCAUGCUUCGACCAGCGUACGAUACACGCCAAACCCUGAGUCAGAAUACGAGAUCAGUCGACGACCGUCAGUGACCCGCAACAUGGCUUCGCCGACAGGUCCACGUUAUGUACCUUCGGCGACGCCUUCAACAAGAUACACCACUUCACCGUUCAGUCACGUACCGACUCCGAGCUCAGUCUCGUCUUACUCACCGGCCAUAACAGCCUUGAGUAAAGGAGAUUCUCGAGCCUCGCGGAAGACGCCUGACCAAAGGAAGCCUCUUCAAGCAGACGAUUCGACUGUAAGAAAUGGCACAUCACGUCUCGGCCUGCCGCCUGUCCGAGAGACAUCCACAUCCUCGUCGAACUCGACUGUCAAGCCGACGGUGUCGGCAAAGGUACCUCGUCGGAAGGAGCUGCCACGGCGAACAUCGACAUCAACUGAUAGUGUAGACGGUUCGUCGAUGCCUUCAUAUGCAAGACCGACUGCGUCAUCGACACGAAGUGCAAAACCACCUGGACACAUUCCGCCUGAGCUUGCACAUCUCAACGUGGAACCGACGAAGCCUAAUACCUUGAAGCCUUUGCCGCCAUUACGGCCAAGCAGAGAAGGCACGCCCAGCCUCGGCGACAUGCAGUACCAGACUCGAGUAGUUCAAAGCGACUUGCCACCGCUCUACACCACUUACCAUAAACGUACUCCGUCACAAGAGACGCCAACAUCAAUCUCAUCACCAACGUUCAAGCAACGCUUUGGCUUUGCUUCGAAAGCGUCCUCGAGGCAGCCGUCACCGCGUAUCGACUCUGCGGUCUCGCCUCCACCCUCUGCCCGACAAUUUACACGGGCGCCAACGCCGGACCAUCAGAUUCUGGCCACGCAUCGCCAACACCGUCAGGACUCUCCAGUGGUCAGCGUAGCCCCAAGCCCAAGCAAAUCGCCUCGCUUCGGUUUCUUCUCCCGCAAAUUCAAGGCGGAUGUUAGCAAAGUCGCAGAGAAGCCCAAGCGGCCACCUGCUAAAGGUCCUGCCGCCGGCACUGGGCAUGAAGGCUAUGGUAGGUUCGGCUUCCGCAGCCGCAGUGGCAGCACCGGGAGCAAUACUGCUCUGCGUUCACCAAGCACGGAUAGCACGAACAGCAGCAUGCCUGCACCCCCGGCUUCGCGCAAGAGCAGCGUGGGCAGCAGCCAGGUCGAAUCAGAGCACGAAGAGUUUCUCCGUGAACGCCAAGCUCCGGUCAUCUUGCGCGGCAGUGGAAUUACAUCGGACAAUGCCGUGUCAACUCCCGACUUAAAACGAAUCAGUACGGUAAACUCCUCAACUUCGUCCUCCGUAAGUAGCUAUCCACAGCCGCAGCUGCUACCAUCCGCCAUGGGCUCCGAGCGUGGCAUCUCGCCUGUAAAGCGAAGCAUCGGCACGCACUCUGCUGCUGAGAGCAGCGAGGAUGAUGUGUCAGUGCGCUAUCCGAGCCGGAUAAUGCAUGGACCUUCCUAUCGAAAGCCGCAGUCAGAGAGUAGGCUGGCGGGAAAAGCUCUCGCGCCGAUCAACACAAGCAUUACGCAAAAGCAUCAGUCCACUGACAGUUACGACAACGAAAUUUCUGCCUGGCCACAGACCGACAGCACCCUGCCUGGCAGAGGCGACCCUUUCGAAGGCAGGGAGGGCUUGUGGCUGCGGCACCAGCCUUCCCAAACCUUAAAGCCGAACCCCAAGUGGAACUUCUUACAGCGCGCCCAGGCGUCUCCUCGUCCAAAAGGUAAGCAAAGAGCAGCCCCAGUGGAAGAUUCGGCAAAACCUGAGCCAGGACAAGGCCCCUAUCAGGCCGUUGCGCAUUAUGCUAUGCUCGACUCUGUCGAUACUGUCGAUCUGUAUGAGGUCGAACAACUUCUGCACGAGAACGAGAGUUCACCGGAAGACUCCGCGUACGAAGAUACGAGGGCUUCCAAAGUCGUCCCCUACGAGCUCAGGCAUGCUAGUCUCCUACCAUCGCCACCGAAAUCCGAAUAUGGCAAAGACCCCGACUUUCGGGCGAAGCCGACUCCGCCUCGCAUCAUGGUGCGACAAGACUAUUCCGAGUCGCCGGAGUUGCUACGUGCUGAGGCAGCAGUUCCGCGACUGUCCCCUCACAUGGUAGAGAUUCCGAGGUCGUCGCAGUUGCCGCAGCUUCGAAUCGACCCAACCGCCCGGCCGAACAAUCAUCCAGCACCGCAGCUGAUGACCACUCCCGAUACGUCAACUGCACCAUUCGGUACUCCGGAGAAGCCCCAAGACGGCUCGCCACGGCAACCGCGCCUGUCACCCAUUGGGCGAAUACCGAAUGUCGUGUCCAAGCGCGACCGAGAUCGAAAGCUGCCGGACAACUCCUUCUCCAGGCCAUUCGUCCGAAAUCAGCCCCAUCCCAGCGUGAAACCGCCCGGAACUCUGUACAACCAGAUCCGUGAGCUUGCCAGUCCUAUAGACUCCGGCUCUCAGCCGGUCUCAAGCACAAGCACAAAGUCCGAUGGGCUUACCGGCGAGCAAAAGAGCAGCGUCAACACUAACCCGCCCAGCGUCUCCACGAAUCGAACAAGCAUGGACGUCAACCCGACGCCGGAGUUUAUGUCGUUCGCGCCUCGUAAAAACUCCGAGUUGUCUUAUUCUAGUAGCUCUGGCAAUGGCAGUUGGUUGGCCGCGCUUGCUGCUGCGCCACUACCUCAACUGGAUGACCCUUGGGCUGAAUACAAUGAUCUUUUAGACGAUAUGAUGCCUCAGCCGACACCACUCUUGACGGGUUUAUCGCUUGGCGCGCCGUUCCAGUAUGCGAAUACGCUGUACGACCCUAAUAGUCCGUCUAUGCCGACACCUUUGUAUCACAGCCAGCCGCCAGCGACCACGCUUCCGCCACCGCCACGAGCGAACACAGUGCCUGCUGUACUAAGUGUACCGCAACAGAUGGCUCGGUUCAGGCAGCCGUCGCCGUCGCCGUCGCCGGCUCCGACUCCGAAUGCUCUGCCUGACCCUGUUGCGAGCAGCGAGCACCGUUCGAGCGUAUACAGCGCUCGCCAUCACACCGGACUAUCACAGGUGAACCCAAACAUCGCCACACAAUCACAACGAGCUAUCGUUUCGGGCACACGAGCCAGCAUAUCGUCAUCGCGCUAUAGUCGGGCGUCUGCGCAUUCAAGAUCAGCGUCACUGCCUGAGACAAACCUUCGCAACUCGCAGUCUAGCCUCACUCCGAGCGCUCGCUUCAAGCGAGAUACCCAGCUUUUGGGUAUAGCAGAGGACAAUGGUGAGGGGCAGGCUGCUCAAGCUAAUUUGCGAUUUGCGGCCUUGAUGACGAGCAAAUGGCUCUCAUUCGGCAGAGUGCUAUUCAGUCCCGCCCACAAUGAGAUGCGACUUGCCGACGAACCCAAGGUGCUCGUUCUGGAUGGCCUCGGAAGCGACUGGUCGUACUAUGUCGCGCUGACGUAUCCGGCUGCCAAGGUCUUCAGUCUUGGCCCAGCUCUGACUAACGGCAGCACGGCGUGGCCUGGCAUCAAUCAGACGCCACCGUCCAACCACAAGCAUUACCCCCACACUUCGAUCACGGCUGCUUUCCCGUUUCCGAAAGGCUUCUUCUCUGCAGUGUUGUUUCGCUUCCCGGUCGCUACCACAGAUGCCGCAUACCACGCUUGCAUCUAUGAGUGCAAGCGGGUGUUGAGACCUGGUGGCCACCUCGAGGUAGCAGUUCUCGAUCUGGACCUAAUGAACAUGGGCACCAGAACGCGGAAUGCAGUGCGCGGGCUGAAGACCAGGAUGCAGGCGCAUGAUCUUAAUGUCAGCCUUCGGAACUCGAGUGAUCUGAUCUUGCGUUUGAUCGGUAAGAGAGGGUUCGAGGAUGUGCAGCGCUGUGUCGUUGGGAUCCCAGCAGCUGGGCAGAUCCCACGCAGUCAGGAUCACAGCAGUCGGAGCUCGGGCGAAUCAGUCAAGCCGCAUCUACGUCGGACAGAUAAGCGCGGCAGUUCCAAGCAUGAGGUCAGCUUCGCAGAGCUCCUUAGCGAUGUCAGCCUGAGUCAGUCAGGCGAAGGCAAAAAUACAGAUGAAGGCAUCACGAAAAUGGUGGCCAAGGUUGGCCGUUGGUGGUAUUCGACCUGUUAUGAGACCAGGCUUCCACCGGGCGAUCGAAGCAUAUGGGCGGACCAAGCCCUCUUGCGCGAGUGUCAGAAACAAGGCACGAGCUUCAGGCUGCUCAUCUGCCAUGCGCAGAAACCAAUGCAAGCACGGCGCCGGACUGUAAGCGUCUAAACCCGCCACCAGCAUCACUGGCUCGCUUAGGUGUAAUGCAUUUCCUAUUCACGCAAGUAAGGCUGGACCUAAUUCGACUGGGUUUUGAAGGACAAUAGGCAAUGAUCUCUUCUUACCACAUUGAGCGUUCUAGCGAGCAAUAUGCAACGAUGUCACCACGAUACCAUGGCUAUUAAUCCGUCGCACGGACGGUUUGUAAACAACAUUCCACAGCAUAGCGAGCGAGGUUUGGGAAUGCAGACGCAUCAGGCUCACGCCUAUGGAACGGGGUCAAUGGUGCAGAUGCAGUAACGGUGACUUUCGGUUGAGGGUAGUUAGCCAUUGAUCAACUAGCACUCUACGCCUUCCAUGUCCC